AUGCGAAACAACUACGAGCGCUACUGCAACGAUUUCGACGACGUUCUAGUAUCACUUCUAGAAACAACAUAUGCCCAGAUAAGUCUUUUAAGUCCUAGUCAUAGAUGGUUUUUGGAGCGGUGUGAACAAAGCCUGCUACCGUCUGGCUUCUCGAGUGCCUUAAGAGACAGAGCAAAUACCUUCAAACAGUCAAAGAGCGUCGACCCAGACGCACAAGAAGAACAAACUUUCCUGCGCUUCCCAGAAACUACGCAAGCAGUGAUCCGAGCCCGUCUGAGCGAGAACUCUCUGGAGCCUGCUCAAGCAAAUCAUCCGCUUUUUCAAUCUAAGGAACCUCCUCUGGUUCUCGUAGACCUUCGCAAUCAUAUAAUCCGGAUGUGGUACCGGGACACCCGUGCAAGAAUGGGAGUAGCAAGCGCAUUAGCAGAUGUGCCGAAACGUUUCCGUAUGCUAGGAUGUCGAAUUUUCACUCACUUAGAAUGCACGGGGAUAAUUAAUUUCGGAGCAAUUCCUCUGACAUCAGCCGUUGGUUCUCAGAGAGGGAACAAAGCUGCAUGCAAAACUGUUGCUAUCGUUGGGGCUGGGAUGGCAGGUUUAGUAACAGCACGGCAGUUACAGGCAUUUGGAUUUCAAGUGAGAAUAUUUGAAGCCCGAAAGCGCCCGGGAGGCCGUGUGCAUGCCGAGAGGGACAAGUUCUCCGUAAGCGUCGACAUGGGUGCUAUGCUUAUUACUGGGAUCCUUCAAAAUCCUGUCGCAGUUCUCGCCCACCAAACAGAUUCCCCAUUGCAUUUCCUGGAUUCCGAGUGUCCUCUUUUUGAUAUCGACGGUAGCUGGGUUCCCAAAGAGACUGAUGCAUGGGCCGAGAGGGAGUUCAAUCGUAUUUUAGAUGACACAGGUCGUUUCAGGGACAAAGAGGGUUGCUCUGAGGUAGCUAAGAGACUGUCAUUGGGUGAAGCCUUUCAAAUGGCGUUAGAAAAGCGAGUUCGUCGCAGAAAGGCCAGAGUGAGGGCUGCGAACGGCGAAGGGGAUCGGGGUGCAUUAAGGACCUUGCACAGAAAGACAGCACGUCGUUGUGAUAGUAGUGGUGAGGAGGAUGACAGUGAAUACUUGAAUAUUCCAUUGAACAAUUCAAGAGAUCCAGCAAACUUACUAGUAUCUAAUAGUGUACCAACCCACCACGCGGAUGGUGGUUCAAGUUGUUUGGGGGUAAUUGAGCCGCCAAAGAACUCAGAGCGGCCAAGAAAGAGGUCGAAAGUGGUUAAUGGUAAUGCCAAAUCGCAGGUUGGGCGCCCCGCGGUGGAAGCACGAGCACCAUUUCGAAAUGGGCAUUCUGAGAAAAAGUUCCAGUCAAUGGACGAGAAGGUGGCAUGUCGCCUUUUACGGUGGCACAUAGCAAACCUCGAGUACGGAUGUGCCGCAGACAUAAGCAAAGUGAGUUUGUUACACUGGGAUCAGGAUGAUCCAUACGGGUUUUCAGGUGAACACGUUCUCUUAAAGCAAGGUUAUGAUCCACUCAUUAAUGGUUUGGUCGACGGGCUUGGGGAUAUGCUGGAGUUGAGAUCAGAGGUAUCAGCAAUUGAUUACUCUGAAGAGAACGGAUCUGUACUGGUUGAAGUGGAAAACCAUCGUGGUUACGUUGAAGAACAUGAAUUUGAUUUUGUCGUGGUUACCGUGCCAUUAGGGGUACUCAAGAAACGUACUAUCGAAUUUAGACCAACCCUUCCCUCAAAGAAACUCGCAGCUAUCAAUCGCCUUGGUUUCGGAGGUCUCAUGAAGGUAGCGAUGGAAUUCAACAGCCAGUUCUGGGUGAAGCAUGACAUGUUCGGGGCACUGCGAGAAACGGUAGAGAAGAGAGGAGAGUUUUAUUUCUUUUGGAACUUGGCUCCAUGUACGAAGAAACCGGUAUUAAUGACCCUUGUAGUUGAACCUUGUGUACAGGCAAUGGAAAGUCUGUCAGACCACGAGAUUGUUGAUAGAGCUGUCCGAGUCCUGCGGCGAUGCUAUCCCGACGCUCCUAACCCAAAAGCAUUCUCAGUUUCACGUUGGUCUAAGGAUGAGUUUUCAGGGGGAGUGUACACUAACAUUCCAGUAGGAUCAAGUGGUGCUGAUUAUGACAUUAUUGAAGCUCCUGUAGACCGGCGAGUGUUCUUUGGUGGCGAACAUACUACUCGGCAAUAUCCAACUACAUGCGCGUCCGCAAUCAUCAGUGGGCUUCGCGAAGCAUACAGAAUUGUAGAAGAAAAUGAGUUGACUGAGGUUUUUGCUGCCCUUCAUCUCCAAUCCCUUCGAGAAAGCGGACUGACCGCAACAUAG